AUGGUGGGCGUCCAGCUUCUCGUGCACAGAGAAGACGUUGAGAACGCGAGAAGCUGGAAAUUCGGCGUAACGGGGCCGGUUCAUGAAAUAAUCCGCGAAGCACCGGACCGUUACGCCGCAUUCAUAGGGGAACCCACGAUUCAAUUCGUGGAAUCGGACCUGUUCGCCAGCGAAAUGGAUCAAUGGGCAGUUCCGGUUCCAGCCGAAGUAAGUAAAACUCUAUGGUAUUUUCACUCAUUGUCAGUAACUGAGGAAUAA